AUGGCCGCCAAGUCUCCCAUCGUUCUCAUCCUCGGGUCCGGCCCAAACAUUGGCCAAUCCGUCGCUCGCAAGUUUGCUUCCGAGGGCUUCAGAGUCGCCAUUGCCUCUCGCUCUCAAAAGGAGGCAGACAGCACCGAUAAGCAGCUUAACAUCAAGACUGAUCUGACCAAGCCACUCGAGGUUGCCGAUGCCUUCAGUAAGGUGAAGACAACUUUCGGAACUCCAAGCGUUGUCGUCUAUAAUGCCAGCGCCGCAGCCUUUCCUCCGGCGGAUGACCCCCUGUCUGUCUCUUACACCGACUUCAGCAACAACACUGCCAUCAACAUUCACAGCGCCUUCAUCGCAGCCCAACAGGCAGUCACUGGCUUCGCCCAGCUUCCAGAGUCAGCUGCACGCACCUUCAUCUACACCGGCAAUAUUCUCAACGUCACCAUUCUUCCCAAGUUCCUUGAUGCAGGCGUUGGCAAGUCUGGCGCAGCUCAUAUGAUGUGGGCUGCUGCGGAUGCAUACAAGAACAAAGGAUACAAAUUCUACUAUGCUGAUGAGCGCAAGCUUGACGGAGCGCCCAAGUACCGUGUGGACGGGAACGCACAUGCUGAUCUGUACUGGGAGCUAUCUCAGGGUAAGGAGCAGGGUCACUGGAUGCAGACUUUUGUCAAGGGAGAAGGAUACAAGAAGUUUGACACGCUUUACACCCCCGUUGCCUAG